CCCUCCUCCCCCGGUAAAUCCGAAGUUUCCUGUUAAGCACGGGGGAAGGUUCUGCAAAGCGGUCGCGGAGCCGCCGACUCGCUCUUUGGGAUUUACCGUCGGGAGAGGCUUCGCUCGGCUCCGCUGGGCUCGGGAAGGGCCCCCGCCCCCGCCGCUACCUCUCUAGCCCUCCUCCAUCCUCCAUCGCCGCACGCCGAGCCCCAGCCCCCCCUCGGAUUUACGGGUGGUGUGUGUGUGUAUGGGGGGGCUGAUCCGCCGCCUCCCGGCGCCCCGAUUGCUGCCUGGGUCCAUGUGAACUGGAAGGCACGGCUAUGCUCCUGGGGACACCGCGCUCCGCCAAACUAAGGUUCUGGCCGCUACCAUGACUGAUGGCGAGAGCCGAGAGCCACUGCCGCGCCCGGCCGGCGGGGAGGUGCGGGUGCCCAUCGCCGCUUCGCCGCGCCGCCCCGCCGAGCCCCCGCCCGAGGAUGCCGGCUCCGGUACCGGCGGCUCCCCCGGCCGCGACCCGCCGCCCGACCUGGCCUCCGAGGAGGAGGAGCAGGUGCCUUACCCGGCGCUGGCACCCACCGCCUUCUUCUGCCUCAAGCAAACCACCCGCCCGCGCAGCUGGUGCCUCAGGCUGGUCUGUAACCCCUGGUUCGAGCAUGUCAGCAUGCUGGUCAUCCUCCUGAACUGCGUCACCCUGGGCAUGUUCCAGCCCUGCGAGGACGUGGAGUGCCAGUCGGAGCGGUGCACCAUCCUGGAGGCAUUUGACGACUUCAUUUUCGCUUUCUUUGCGGUGGAGAUGGUCAUCAAGAUGGUGGCUCUGGGGAUCUUCGGGCAGAAGUGUUACCUUGGAGAUACGUGGAAUCGCCUGGACUUCUUCAUCGUGAUGGCGGGCAUGAUGGAGUAUUCUCUGGACGGGCACAACGUGAGCUUGUCUGCGAUCCGCACCGUCCGGGUACUUCGGCCGCUACGAGCCAUUAACAGGGUCCCAAGUAUGCGAAUACUCGUCACCCUGCUGUUAGAUACUCUGCCUAUGUUAGGCAACGUCCUCCUCUUGUGCUUCUUUGUCUUCUUCAUCUUUGGGAUUGUCGGUGUGCAGCUCUGGGCAGGGCUGCUGAGAAACAGGUGUUUCCUAGACAGGAAUUUUGCAAUGACAUACAACCUGACCUUCCUGCAUCCGUACUACCGGACAGACGAAGCAGAGGAGAACCCGUUCAUCUGCUCAUCGCAUCGUGAGAACGGCAUGCAGAAAUGCUCCAACAUCCCAACCAGGAAGGAGUACAAGGUGGAGUGCACCUUGAGCAUGGACUCCUACACCCCCAGUUUGUACAGCCCUGACUUCAGCAGCAGGAACGCCUGCAUAAACUGGAACCAGUAUUACAACGUAUGCAUGGCAGGGGACGUAAACCCACACAACGGAGCUAUCAAUUUUGAUAAUAUUGGAUAUGCCUGGAUAGCUAUUUUUCAGGUUAUAACCCUGGAAGGAUGGGUUGACAUCAUGUAUUAUGUGAUGGAUGCACAUUCUUUUUACAAUUUUAUAUAUUUUAUAUUGCUUAUAAUAGUUGGUUCCUUCUUCAUGAUUAACUUGUGCCUGGUUGUGAUAGCAACACAGUUUUCUGAAACAAAGCAGCGGGAGAACCAGCUGAUGCAAGAGCAGCGGGCCCGUUAUCUCUCCAACGACAGCACAAUUGCCAGCUUCUCGGAGCCAGGGAGCUGCUACGAGGAGCUGCUCAAGUACAUCUGCCACAUCUUCAGGAAGAUGAAACGGCGGACAAUACGCCUGUACAAUAACUGGCAGAGUAAGCGCCGGAAAAAAGUGAACCCCAACAGCACCACAAAUGGACAAAGCCACCGAGGCAAAAAGCGCAUCACCUCCAUACACCACCUCAUCCACCACCACCAUCACCACCACCACCACCACUAUCACAUCAGCAACGGGAGCCCUCGGGGACCAUGUUCCAACCCUGAGAUCUGUGACCUGGAACUCAAGGUCAUGAAACCUGGAGGCCAGUUGAUGCUUCCUUCUCCAUCACCCAACUUGCAGAGCCCUGCUCCUCCUCCAGAUUCGGAGUCUGUGCACAGUAUUUACCAUGCAGACUGUCAUGUCGAAGGACCACAAGUGAACUGUAAGUCUUCCAAUGCCCCUGCAAGCAUUAAACUGACGGCUGGACUCUCCAACCAUGGCAACAUGAACUAUCCUACCAUCCUGCCCUCUCCGACUAGCAAAGCCACUUCUGUUGCGGUUCCUAAAGGAAAGAAGAAUGGCAAUUCACCUGUGGCUGUGGUUAAUAGCCCUGUGAAUUUGGGCGCGGAUUCUUACGGGAAGCUGCAGCAACUGGUAGGAGAGCAUGGUCUGCGGCGGACGCCCAGCCGGCUGUCGGGGCUGAGCGUGGCCUGCCCGCUGCCCAGCCCGCCGGGCGGCACGCUGACCUGCGAGCUGCAGGACUGUCCAUUCUGCGCCAGCCUCCUGGAAGACCCCGAGUUCGCCUUCAGCGAGUCCGACAGCGGCGACUCCGACAGCAACGGUGUCUACGAGUUCACCCAGGACCUGCGGCACAGCGACCGCAGAGACCAGCUCCAGCAGCAGCCGGGCAGGAGGAAGAGGAAGAAGAAAAAACCCAAGGAGAGGAACAAGGUGACCCGCCUGUGGAAGGCAUUUGGCAGCAAGCUGAAGAGGAUUGUGGAGAGCAAAUAUUUCAACCGGGGGAUUAUGAUAGCCAUUCUCAUCAACACGCUGAGCAUGGGCAUCGAGUACCACGAGCAGCCGGACGAGCUGACCAAUGCCUUGGAGAUCAGUAACAUCGUCUUCACAAGCAUGUUUGCCCUGGAGAUGCUCCUGAAACUCCUCGCCUUUGGCCUCUUUGGCUACAUCAAGAACCCAUACAACAUCUUUGAUGGGAUCAUAGUUGUCAUCAGUGUCUGGGAGAUCAUUGGCCAGUCGGACGGAGGCCUCUCUGUCCUACGAACAUUUCGGCUGCUCCGGGUGCUGAAACUGGUGCGUUUCAUGCCGGCCCUCCGUCGCCAGCUGGUGGUCCUGAUGAAGACAAUGGACAACGUAGCCACCUUCUGCAUGUUGCUCAUGCUCUUCAUCUUUAUCUUCAGCAUUCUCGGCAUGCAUCUUUUUGGAUGCAAGUUCAGCCUGAAAACUGAUACAGGAGACACAGUUCCAGACCGAAAGAAUUUUGACUCCUUACUUUGGGCCAUUGUGACUGUAUUUCAGAUCCUCACUCAAGAGGACUGGAACGUGGUCCUGUACAACGGGAUGGCAUCUACGUCCUCGUGGGCAGCACUCUACUUUGUGGCCCUGAUGACCUUUGGCAAUUACGUGCUCUUCAACCUUCUUGUUGCCAUUCUGGUCGAAGGCUUCCAGGCAGAGGGUGAUGCCAACAGGUCAGACACAGAUGAGGACAAGACAUCUGCCAACUUCGAUGAUGAUUUUGAGAAGCUAAAAGACCUCCGAGCAACAGAGAUGAAGAUGUACUCGCUCACGGUCACCCCAAACGGACACCUGGAGGGCAGGGGCAGCAUGCCACCACCCAUCAUCAUGCGCACUGCCGCCACGCCAAUGCCCACGCCAAAGUGUUCCCCACACAUGGACUCAGUGCACACUUUUGUGGACUCGAGGAGAGGGAGUAACGCUUCGCUAGACCCCUUGAGCUGCGAUCAGAAGUCCUUGUCCAGCCUCCGCAGUUCCCCUUGCGCCAACUGGGGCACCAGCAGCAACUGGGGAAGCCGACGCUCGAGCUGGAAUAGCCUGGGCAGAGCCCCGAGCCUCAAGAAGAAGAACCAGUCGGGAGAACGAGAGUCCUUGCUCUCUGGGGAGGGAAAAGGCAGCACAGAUGAUGACUCCGAUGAUGCCAAGUCUAGCACAGUCAGUAGGCCCUCAUUGCACCGCCGGGCAGAGUCCCUGGACUACCGCAGCACCCUGGACUUGCCCGAGCUGCUCCAGUUGCCUACCAUGCACCACUCGCUCAGCAUCAGCCCCGUGGCCGUUCUGCCCGCCGAGUACCAAGACUGCAACGGCAAGAUGGUUCACGUCCCCAGCGAGUUCUUCCUGCGUGUCGAUGGCCACAAAGAGGAUGCCAUGGACUAUGAGGAUGACAUGGAGGAUAGUUACUGCUACCGGAUUCGUAAAGUCCUGGAGCCCUACAAACCACAGUGGUGCAAGACUCAUGAAGACUGGUCCCUCUACUUGUUUUCCCCACAGAAUCGGUUUCGAGUGACAUGCCAGAAGGUCAUUGCUCACAAAAUGUUUGAUCACGUGGUGCUGGUCUUCAUAUUUCUCAACUGCAUCACUAUAGCACUGGAGCGACCAGACAUAGAUCCGCACAGCACAGAAAGGAUAUUCUUAAGUGUUUCUAAUUACAUCUUCACUGCAAUCUUUGUGGCUGAAAUGAUGGUUAAGGUGGUAGCUCUUGGCUUUUUCUCUGGGGAGAACACCUACCUGCAGAGCAGCUGGAAUGUCCUGGAUGGAGUCCUGGUCUUUGUAUCUAUCAUUGACAUUAUUGUCUCCAUGGCAUCGGCAGGCGGAGCUAAGAUCCUGGGUGUCCUUCGCGUUUUGAGACUUCUGCGGACCUUGAGACCUCUCCGAGUCAUCAGCAGAGCUCCAGGGCUGAAGCUGGUAGUGGAAACCUUGAUCUCCUCCUUGAGGCCUAUUGGGAAUAUUGUUCUCAUCUGCUGUGCUUUCUUCAUUAUCUUUGGGAUUUUAGGGGUCCAGCUUUUUAAAGGCAAGUUCUACUACUGUGAUGGUCCUGAUGUAAAAAACAUCACUACCAAGACUGACUGCACCAAUGCACGCUACAAAUGGGUUCGGCGGAAGUACAACUUUGACAAUUUGGGACAGGCCCUCAUGUCCUUGUUUGUCCUCUCCUCCAAAGAUGGCUGGGUGAACAUCAUGUACGAUGGUUUGGAUGCCGUGGGCAUUGACCAACAGCCCAUCCAGAACCAUAACCCUUGGAUGCUUCUCUACUUCAUCUCCUUCCUGCUCAUCGUCAGCUUCUUCGUGCUCAACAUGUUUGUCGGGGUGGUGGUGGAGAACUUUCACAAGUGCCGGCAGCACCAGGAGGCGGAGGAGGCCCGGCGUCGGGAGGAGAAGCGCCUGAGACGCUUGGAGAAAAAGCGCAGGAGUAAGGAGAUAUACCUGUCUGAAGCCCAGCGCAGGCCUUACUAUGCCGACUAUUCCCCCGCACGAAAGUACAUUCACACCCUCUGCACCAGCCACUACCUUGACCUCUUCAUCACCUUCAUCAUUGGGGUCAACGUCAUCACAAUGUCCAUGGAGCACUACAACCAGCCAAAGUCCCUGGAUGAAGCCCUGAAGUACUGCAACUAUGUGUUCACCAUCGUUUUUGUGUUCGAGGCAGUUCUGAAGUUGGUGGCGUUUGGUUUCCGAAGGUUCUUUAAGGACAGGUGGAAUCAACUGGAUUUGGCCAUAGUUCUCUUAUCAAUUGUGGGAAUCACUCUAGAGGAAAUUGAGAUGAAUGCUGCACUACCCAUCAAUCCCACAAUAAUACGCAUCAUGCGAGUGCUGAGAAUAGCGAGAGUGCUGAAACUGCUUAAAAUGGCCACUGGGAUGCGAGCUCUCCUGGACACCGUGGUGCAAGCGCUUCCCCAGGUAGGGAACCUUGGCCUACUUUUUAUGCUCCUGUUUUUUAUCUAUGCUGCCCUGGGAGUGGAAUUGUUUGGCAAGCUAGACUGCAGUGAAGAAAACCCUUGUGAAGGUCUGAGCCGACACGCGACUUUCACCAACUUCGGCAUGGCCUUUCUCACCCUCUUCAGGGUGUCCACAGGGGACAACUGGAAUGGGAUCAUGAAGGACACUCUUCGGGAAUGCACUCGGGAGGACAAGCACUGCCUCAGUUACCUGCCCGUUAUCUCUCCUGUCUACUUUGUCACCUUCGUCCUCAUCGCACAGUUUGUCCUCGUCAACGUCGUGGUGGCCGUGCUGAUGAAGCACUUGGAGGAGAGCAACAAGGAGGCCAAGGAGGAUGCUGAGAUGGAUGCUGAGAUUGAGUUGGAGAUGUCCAGAGGAGCGACCACCCCAGCCAGCUGUGGGAGCAGGGGAGGUGCCGUGGCCCCAGAAAGCAGAGCAACCUACAGAAGUCAGGAGACCAUGAAGUUGGACUCAGCAGUGCAGGAGACGCUGAGCUGUGAGAAUGUGUCUUUAGCCAUCCCAGACUCAGACACGCUGGAGGGGGCAGAGACUCCCGUGAUGGAAACCCCGUCCUUCUGCUCUGUUUCCCACCAUGUCCUGACACCUUCCCACAAAACCCCAGGCCACCAGGCUGAGGGCGGCGCCACCUCCCUGAGGCCACAGGACACUCAAAACCUGCUGACGGUUCGCAAGAUCUCUGUUUCGCGGAUGCACUCGCUGCCCAACGACAGCUACAUGUUCCGGCCGGUGAUGCCAGCAAAAGCCCCUUUCCCCCUCCACGAGGUGGAGAUGGAGACAUACCCCUGCAAAUCCCAGAGAGGGUCCAUCACCUCCAUCCGCUCCCAGCCCGUGGGAACCUGCUCCUCCCUGCGAGUCCCAGCGGAGUCGCUGCUCCUGCCGCUCCGUUCUCCCAACCACGAGGGCCGUGACCGCUGGAAGGUCCUUCCCCCCAACCUUGCGCCUCGAUCUCCGACCCUCAACAAGCUGCUGUGCAGACAGGAGGCCAUUCGAACAGACUCUGUGGACGGGCAUACUCCGGAGCGCAAGGACAGCCUGCAAGCAGAGCCUGGAGAGAUGCUACCGUCCCCAAAGCAUCCUCAGAGCACUUUCACCCCCAGCCCACACCAUCCCACAGCCACGUCCCUCCCGGGCACCCCUCCGCUCUCCCCCCCAGCCUCCCCGCACCGCCACCCCGGCACCCUGGCACGGAAGCACAGCCGCGGCCAGCACAGCGUCCCCAGCCGGCCACCCAGCCCGGACAGCAGCCAGCCCAGCCCCGAGGGCGGCCUUUUCGAGUCCUCCGACCUGGCUGACGAGGAGGUUCGGCACAUCAACAGCUCAGCCAAAGACUGGGGAGGGGAACACUCGAACGCUGGGAGCUGCUCGACUUCGCCGUUCAUCUCCCCGGCCCCAUCUCCAGUGCCCCUCAAGAACUGCAGCACAACCCGCCUCUCCAGGGGCAGCAACAAGGAGAAAGACUUGAAGAAGUUUUACAGUAUUGAUCCGAAGGGCUUCCUCACCAAGCCCAGCUGGGCAGACGACCAAAGGCGACACUCCAUUGAGAUCUGCCCCUCCAUCGGCGACAGGGACUUUGAGGAUGCGGCUGAGGACAAGCAGCGCUCCCCUGUUCACAUCCAGGCGGAGUCCGAGUACAUCCACGGAGCCCGGAGGAAGAAGAAGAUGAGCCCACCCUGCAUUUCUAUAGAUCCUCCUAUGGAGGACGACGGUGGGGCGGCCUCGCGCACCAAACCCUCCGAGAACAGCAUGUUGCGGCGACGGACCCCGUCCUGCGAGUUCCCGGCGUACCGAGAGUCCCUGGAGCUCGCGGAGAGCCAGCCCGGGGAACCAGGCUCCAAAACGGAGCGGCGGGGCCAGCCCCCGUGCCGUGGGGAGCACCUCACCAUCCCCAACUUCUCCUUCGAGCAGUUGGACGGCAGCUCCUCGAGCAGCCUCUCGGAUCUCCUCCUGAACAGCGGACAGUCCGCGCCAGACCCCGGCGCCUCCGAACUGAAACAAAUGGAUCACUUAAAAACUCAGUGGAGCAACAGCGAGAAAAGCAAAGAGCUCCUAGGCGGCACAAAGAGCCCCCUCCGCAAGCAGGACUUGGUCCCUGUGACUGUUGCGACAGAAGAAGAUAUAGAUGACCCAGUAUAGCUGACUGGGAGGGGGGAGUGGGGGGGUCUCAAGGGCUUGACACCAAUGUGGGUUUGCGAACCAGAGGGAUUGGGCGGCUGCAGGUCUCGGGGUGGCUGCUCUCUCGUUUGUUUAGGUCGUUUGUUUUAUUUCUCGCAGUCACUUGUUCUUAAAGCGCUGUGGAGGUUUGCAAAAAAAAGACAAAAAAAAAACAAAACACACACAAAAAAAGGAGUUUAAAAAAGAAAAUAAUUAAAAAGAAACCAAACAAACAGGUGGAUGAAACGGUGAUGGGAUUUGGGGUGGGGGGGCAGCUUUGCAAAGCGGUUUGGGGUUUUUUUUCUAAAGGGAAGGUGGAGUGAAUUCGGGGGGUCGCUUUGUUCCUCCCACCCCGCUCUGUGGCCUCAAUCACAUUGAUUCGGGUUCGAGGUGGUGGCGGUUGGGAUUUGGGGGAUUCUCUUUGGGUUUUGUUGUUUUGUUGGUUUGGGGGUUUUUAUUAAAGAUGCUCAACUUUUAACAAGGCACCUUUUUGGAGAUGUCACGUUCCGCGGGAGUGCCCAGGAGAUGGGAGCUGUAUAUUGUCUGUAUAUCAGCAGUUAUAUAAAUAGAAAUAAUGUAUUUGUGAGAUACAAAACAAGGAAAAAAAGACAAAAAAAAAAAAAUACCCACAAAAACUCUCUCUUCAUAAUGCACAUAUUUUUAUAGAGAAACGAUACUGGUUUUUUGCAUUACAUGUGACUCCGCAACUGGGUGGUGUUUUCUUGGGUUUUAUGUGGAACUAGUUAUUCCGGCCAUUUGUUUUCCAAAUGUUUCUCUUCUUUCUUUGCUUUCAUUUUGUUCCUCUCCUCCCCUCCACCAUCAUCCCACCAGCUGCUUUUCACAGCUGAUGCUUUAGACGUCGCUGUCAUCUUUCUUUUGUACUUUAGAGGUUGUCCUACCUACAGAAGAAAACCAAAUCACUACUGAAUUGUAGCCAGUGCAAUAAUAAGUUAUUCAUUCUUCCUGUCUGUACAACUGUCCUGUUGCUUUCUUUUUUUUCCUUUUUUAACUGAAAUUCAGGUUAAAUGUCGCAAUAAUCUGAACUAACGUGCACAAACACAGUUUCUUGUGUUACAAUGAAAAAAAAGAAAAAAAAAAAGAUGAAAAAAAGGAAAAAGUUAAAUUUACAGAGAAAAAAAAAAGAAAAAUAAAUAGUAAAUUAUUUAAGAAAUGUAUUUUGUUUACUGCAGUUCAAAGUAAAUUAUUGACACAGUGUGUAAAGGUAUAAAGAGCUGUCUUAGGUGAUGCCCUCCAUGAGCAUUUCAGCUCAUGGUUUGUCCCCCUCAGAGCAGAAACGCCUCCGAAACCGUCACCGUCCCGUCCGCGCUCUCACUGUCGGUUUCCCCUCCACACCCCCUAUGGACACAUCACCAGCUCCGACAGAGAAGCCUCUGGAGGAAUUCAGGUCACCUGUUAACACCACUUUUCUUUGUUUUCUCUUUUUUUUCACAGUUUUGGGCUUGAUUUUUCUUUAUUUUAGCCUGGGGUCCCUGUCCCCUCCCCACCCCUCAUCCAGUCCCUCUCACCACGGGACAGCUUCGCCAUGAAAAGCUGAUGCCGAAUAAAAGCAACACCGGUUCCGUCGUGAGGACGGAUCACCAGGCACCGGCGGCAAAAGACAAAACGGGAACAAAAUUUUUAAAAAAAGAAGAAAUUAAACCAGUCUUUUUGUUUGGCUCGUUCCAUGCCGCUUCAUAUUUAUGCAUUCACAUAUAUCUUCUGUUAUUUAUGCAUCCAUUACUCUAAAGGAAAUGUAUCUUGUUUCACAUGUAUUAAACUGUAUAAACUGGAA